UUUUGAGAGCCGAACGAGUUCAACCAGACAUUUAGCUGUACAACUCAAUAAUAGUAGACUGACCAUUAGCCGGCACUAGGUACUCUCCUUGUCAAUCUUCCAUCGUUUAAUACAAGUUAAGUAAAAAGAGCGACGGUAGCAGCAACAGCAGCUACACAGUGAUAGAUCGAGUGCAAAGAAAACCCGAGGGAUAAAGUAAGGAGGAGAGAGAAAGAGAACAGACGAACUGGAAACAGCAGCGGCAGUAGAAGGAGGAGGCGCUUGGCUAUCGUCUAGACGAGGCUUUCUUACAGACUACUUGCCGGGAGGAGCGAGCUUAACUCGCCACCAGAUAGCCAUUUUUAGCUGGGAGUUUCGCUGUUUUUUCGACGCCCGUGUCUUUUAUGAGACAGAGGGCGAGGUAUUGGAGUGCUUGCUUUGCGCUACGAGUACGCGGACAACCGGAACUAUGGCAAGGCCGAACGUCAGGAGGCGACACGACACUGCCGAUCUGCAACUAGAGUCCGUGGCUAGGCUCUCCAGACUGCCGAUCGUCGAGAGCGGCAUCCAUAUCGCCGGCAAUGUUUAUGACAAAAUUAAGCACUCAAACUCAUUGAUGAACUGGAGCCUCGACACCGCAGAGCAGUCCCUAGCCCUGGCCACGGCAACAGCCCUGCCAGCCGUGAUCGUCUUCAACGGGCCAAUCACGGCUCUCGAUCAACUACUCUGCAAAGGCAUCGAAAUUUUCGAGCAACGCGUACCGGCUGUUAAUCUUUCACCGCAUCUAAUGUACUGGAACACGCGAGAGUACGUAAACAAGAGAUUCGUGAAACCGAUGCUGAUAAGGGCGGGCAGCGUCAAACAGAUCGGUAGUGUGGUCGCUAAUGCAGCUGUCGAGAAGCUCGACGAUGCCAUCGACGCGGCCGACCACUACGUCGAUCGUUACCUACCUGCUGACCCGGCUGACAAAGUUGCCGAAAAAACAUCUAGCGACUCGGGGGCUUACUCGCACCGAGGCAAGGACAGCGUGGACUGCGGUGGGGCGAGCAGUGGUAGCAAGGCAGCGCGCACAAUAGAGCACGGCGCCCGCUUCUCCCGCAAGCUCCAGCGCAGGCUGACACGGCGCACCCUGGCCGAGGCUCGGGCCCUCAAGGAGCAGGGCACCGAGUGCAUUCAUGUGCUGCUCUACGUUGUCGAACUGGUGGCAACGGAUCCCAAGCUAGCCCUUCAGAAGGCCAAGGAGCUGUGGGCGUCGCUGAGUCUACCCGAGCCGGGAAACCAGGCCCGGCCGACGAACCUCGAGCAGCUGCUGGUUCUGUUCACGCGCGAGACCGCGCGCCGCCUCGUCCACCUGAUCAACGGGACGACGAAUCUCGCCACCCGAGCGCCCCGCCGACUCGCCCGCAUCUUUCUCAGGCUGUCGCACCGGGUGCGCAUCAUCUCCGAGCAGGCCCUACAGAUGAUCCUGCUAGAAGGCAAGCGCGACGCUUACAAUGCAAAAGUCAACGCUCUGCGUUCCGCUAUCUACAGACUCAACUGUUCGACAAAUCACUUUUUGGAACAGCUGGCCGCAUUCCUAGCAGGUCGUCCAAAAGGAAAAAAGGUCACACACGGAUCAAUGAAUCAGAUAAAUCACAACAAUCACGUGACCAAUGCAGUAAAUCCACCUGUGAAUGGAAUUGAUUAAUAUUUGUGAAACAAAUGGAGAAAAAUACUAUUAAUACAAGCUUGAUCAUGAAAAAAAAACUCUGCAUCAUAAGAUUGAUUAUAUUUAAAAUCAAUAUUCUGAACAAAUAUUUUGUUAUUGAGACUUAUGUUCUUUCAUUGUACUACUUAUUGACAACUUAAUUUUCAACUAAAAUUAUUACGCUUAAAUUAUACUUUUAUAUGGCUAAUAUGGAUCACAACUAUGUAUCCAGUAUAAUCUUUAUGUUAAGAAAAACAUCAAUUUUUAAUUAAAAUAUAAGCAAACAUGAAGGAAGUAAAUUGAUGAAUCAUAGCAUUUAUGGUUAAUCACUAAGAAGAAAUGACAUGAUUUAUGAAUUCAGCCCUAAGCUAUUGGAGACAUUGGACUUUUUUUCAAGAAAAAAAAAUGUUUUGAAAAAUUUCAUAGCUUUAUAUUAAUAUAAUAUGUAAAAAAAAUUACGUUACAUAUGGCAGACAGUUAAUAUUAUCAACUAUUAGAAAGGUUUACACAAAAUUUUUAUAAAUAAUAUCCAACGAAAACAUUUUGUUCUCAUUUCAUAUUAAGUUAAUAAAAUAUUUUAGUGUAAA